GACACGGUCGAUGGGCGGUUAAUAAAUGCCUAAAGUAAAAUAAAGCAAGCAGCAGCUGCCGCGGCAACCCCCUUCCCGCACGUCCCCUCCGCACUCUCCUCCUCCUCCUCGCCGGCCAGGCCAAGCCAGGCCCCCUUCCGAAAGGCCCGCCUCCCCCUUGUCCUCCGCCGCCGCCUCCCUCGCCGGCUUGUCGCCUCUGGCCCCGGCCGCGUCUCUGUGCAGCGGCCCCGCCAUGGCAGUGGCACUGGCGGCCUUGCGAGCGCUGCGUCGGGUCGGGCCUGGCACGGCUUCUGCCGCCGCCUCCGCCGCUGCUCCUUGUGCAGCCGGCUUGGCCAGGCCCCGUCGCGCCUUAGUCGGCUGCUCCCAGGCCGCCUGGGCCAAUAGCAGCAGCAGCCAGGCCGCCCCGGCUCGGAGGCUCAGCACCAGCCCCGCGUUACUGCUCGCCGGUGAGUCGCGGCGGGGAGGAGAGGAAGCGAGAGGGAUGAAUGGGCGCCGUGGGGCCACGGGGCGGAGAAGUGGGCGGCGGAGCGCGCAGUGCAAGGGGCCCGAUCCGGAGACAAGCACUCCUGCGCAAGGAAGCCUUUGCAAUGAAUGGGAGCUGCGGAGGAGCUCUCGUUGGGUGGAGGGAGGGGGUGCUGCUGCUGCUUUGCAAGCCAAGCCUGCGCGUGCCUUUCUCAGAAGGAAGCCCCUGAGAAUCGAAAGGCGUCUUACUCCCAAGUAAGCGUGCCUAAGAGUGCAGCUGGGCAGCCCAGACUUGUGCGGGUUUACCUCACUUGAGUUCAAAGUGGCUUAUUCCCCCAGCAGCCGGUCAUAGAUUUGCAGCUUGUUUGUUGCUACACACCAUGCAUUUAAAGCACACCCCCUGUCCCCAGUGAAUCCUGGGAACUGCAGUUUGAGGAGAGCUACAAUUCCCAGCACCCUUAACAAACUACACUUCCUGAAGUUUUUUUUUGGGGGGGCUAGGGGGAUAUGAGUUAAAUGUGUAAGUAAAGGUAAAGGGACCCCUGACCAUUAGGUCCAGUCGUGACUGACUCUGGGGUUGCGGCUCUCAUCUCGCUUUAUUAGCAGAGGGAGCCGGCGUACAGCUUCUGGGUCAUGUGGCCAGCAUGACUAAGCCGCUUCUGGCGAACCAGAGCAGCGCACGGAAACGCUGUUUACCUUCCUGCCAGAGCGGUACCUACUUGCACUUUGAGGUGCUUUCAAACUGCUAGGUGGGCAGGAGCAGGGACUGAGCAACGGGAGCUCACCCCGUCGCGGGGAUUCGAACCGCUGACCUUCUGAUUGGCAAGUCCUAGGCUCUGUGGUUUAACCCACAGCGCCACCCGCGUCCCUCAGUUAAAUGUGUACAGAGCCUCAAAAACUGCAGUCCUAAACACACCUGGGUGUGAGCCCCAUUGCGUUCAAUAGGACAUACUUUUGAGUAGACACAGUUAGGAUGGAGCUUUUCAGUACUGCAAUCCUGAGCACAUUUAUUGGGAGUAAGCACUGUUGAACACAGUGGGACUCAUUUCUGAGUCACAUACCUAGGAUUUAAUUGUGCAAAACUUAUGAAAUAUUGGGAUAUUUAACCUAUCGAGGCAGGAGGGAAGGGAUUGCUUUGGUUGACCCAGCUAUGGGUGUUCAAACUUAAAAUCUGUCUUGUGUGCAGUACAGAGUUUGUGCUGUUAUUGGCUCAUAGGCUGACUUUAUGCAGUCUUUACCCUGCAUUUUUGCAGGAUUCAAAUCAUGCUUCCUGCAUGCCCAAGACCUAAUCAAAGAAUAGAGGUCAGGGUUGCAUUCCUUCAUUACCCCAUAAAUGUUAAUAAACAUCCAUGGAAGCACUGUGGUCCGUACAAGGUUAAUUUUAUUGCAGCAUUUGCUUAGUUUGCCAUUCAUAUCCAGUGACACACCCACUCUGAUUGGAUCUGACUCUUUGGACUGGGUCUUGUGUUUGCUGCUGUGCGGCAUAGUAAUUUAUUGCAUUGCUUGUCAUUCCCUAUGCACCCUCAUUUUUUCUCAGAUUAAAUUCUGCAAGAUGGGGAUGGAGGGUUUUUUUGUUUUUGUUUUGCAGCAGGCAUAUGGAAGUAGGGUCAUGAGAUUUUACACCACAGUACUGUUAAUGUAACCUCAGGCCCAGGUGGCUGAAUGCGACCCUCUAUGCCUCUCUGUAUGGCCUUCAGGACUCUUUCCAGGCUACACCCCUUCCCUAGGCCGCAUCCCGCGUCCCGCACCAGCCUUGCUCUGUACUAUUACCUGCUUGUAAUGUGUCCUUGAACUCUGAUAAUUCCUAUUGCUUGCCUGGACGGAGCAGGGGUGUUUAUGUGGAAACCUCUGUGUCUGGAAUGUAGCCUACUGUACAAAGGUAAGAGUUGCAUCCAUUGCCCACACCACUUUUGCUUUUGUACCCAAUUGGAAGGUUGCCCACAAGGCAGUGCAGCCCUUGGGCUGAAAAAGGCCCUGCCAUCCCUAUAUUAUUUAAAGUGCUGCAAGGCUUCGUUCACUUGAAUGGUAGAUUGUGCUGCAGAACGUCUUUCAAAUGGUGUAUGCAUAUUGGUGGGACCACUUGCUCAUGGUGGAGAAAAAGGAGGAGAAAGAUUUAGGGAGAGGGUCCCCGGAGGGGAGGCACAGCUUUAUAUUCACGCAAGACUCUGUGCGAGUGGUGUGAGAUUUCAAGGGUACUAGGUGUGCUUGCCCAGGGUCUGUGUUUCCUUUGGGACAAUGAGGUGCAGAAGAGACUGUGGCAUCUUGAUCGUAUAUGGUUUAUUUACACGUAUUUACAACCUGAGUCUAGAUAGAGGAAGUUCCCAGCAUUACACUCCAAGGGGGUCUCUUGCUUCUCUCAUAGGGGCAGGAGCAGCACUCCUGUUCCUCUCACGGCUGCCAUGUUGGACCCAAAAACUGCCAGCAAACAUUCGACUUGGCCUCUACUUUCCUGCUUGCCAAAUCGCAAGCCCACCACAGUUGUGCCCCUCCCUUCUGAAACUGGGCUUUUGUCUCUGCUAACUCACUCUCACCUCAAGAGGGGAUUUUCCCAUUUGUUUUCCUGCCCAGAAAGUCUCUGUGAAUAGCCUCUUUGAUCAACCAUUUCUUUGUGGUCUUCUAAUGGUCCAUCUCUCUAGGCAAUUACUUCAUCAGGAAAGCAGCCUGGCUUUUUUUUAACGUGGCUUUUUUAACAGGCUAAAUUCAAUGUUUGGCACCCCAGAUUUAGAAAGGGCGUUCAGAAUUAGAAGGUGAGUCCAGGCAUCCCACAAAUUUAUAGCACUGUGGGCUCUUUUAUGAUAUUUGACUGUGGUGUGUUGACUGGAAUCCCAGCUUUUCUUGCUGGUUUUAAUUAACUGCAGGGAAAUGCAAACAUAAUUCAUAGAUGGACAUUAUCCAAAGGAGCUUCACUCCUUAGGACUUCUGGUGUGUUAGUCCUGAACAGUAAUAAAAAUCACCACUGCAGAAAUAAUAUGUGGUAAAUCAAAUGUACUGAAAUAGUAUGUGGCAAAUUGUUUCUAAGACUACCAAUUCAGACUGCAGAUUGGGAUGGCUCAGGAAGUUGGAUCUUUUACUUCUGCCCCAUGUAAAAAGACUCAACCACUCUGAACACUGCUGUGCAAUUUCCUCCUCUGAAAUUGGAACAGUUGAAAGGGAGGUGUGCCUCUAUACCAGACUAAGACCUGGGAGACCUGGGUUCUAGUCCCCACUUGACCAUGAAGCUCACUGGGUUACCUUGGGCUAGUCACAGUCUCUCAGCCCAGUUUACCUCACAGGGUUGAUGUGAGUAUAAAAUGGAGGGUAAAGAACUAUGUAUAAAACCACCUUUACCUUCGUGGAGGAAAUGUUGGAUAUAAAUGUAAUGAUGAAUGAAUGAAUGAAUGAAAUUGAUGCACAGCUUGGAUUUGGGAGUGGUAUUUUUUUUUUUUUGUACUUGAAAUAAGAAAGCAGGCUACCUUUUUCUAAUUCCUGCUUGCAAACUUGGAACUUGGAAAUCAAGUGCUUUUUUAUGCUGACACUUUUUAAGGUAAAACAUUGAGGCAAAAAAUGUGUUUAGAGAAAGCAAGGUGUGUUGAAAUGUUCUGUUUGCUUCAUUCAGCCCGUCGAUUCACAGACAAGCAUGAAUGGAUAACAGUUGAAAACAGUAUUGGAACCGUAGGAAUCAGCAACUUUGCACAGGUACUGGUUCUCUCUCUCUCUCUCUCUCUCUCUCUCUCUCUCUCUCAGCUUUGUGCUACAAAAUUGACAUCUAUCAGCCUUUUCUGUUGGCCUUGGUCUUUGGCUCCUUUAUUGCCUAUUCUGCAUGUAGAGCCAAAUUGUAGACUUGGAACUCCAACAUUAUUGGCCACUUUAAACCAUCCUCUCCUCCCUUCAGCAGUUUGGCUCUGUAUCUUACACUUAGGACUCAAUGGGAACCUUGGCUCAAAGCAUUUUUUGCUUUUUGUUUGUUUAAUUGUUGAUAAUACUUUUUAAUGCAAGUGUUUAUAGGGCUGAAUGCAUCCUUGUAACGGGUUGGAAAAUCCCCAGGUGCUUGGUUAGUUCCCUAUGCACCUAAAUAUUUCAGUAGGGUCUAUGAUUUUGCAAACAAAACAACAAAAUGGCUGUGUGUGUGUGUGUUGAAGCCUAAGAAAUAGAAAUGUUUAUUGCCCUGCUUAUAUAUUUAUUGCCUCGUUUGCAGUGGUGGUGGUGAUGGAUAGCACCUGAACCUUUGCUCUCUGCAUAGGAACCAUGUAAUUUCUUAAAUGAGAUUGGGACUGCAAGUGUCAUUUGGUCUGCAUCCAGCUUGGCUGGUCGCAACUUGUGCAAGACCCAGAGCAGAGCUUUCUCAUGGCAUGCUUGAAAAUUUCCUCCGUUCCUCACCUGUAAAAAUAAAGAGCAGCUGUUUGAAAAGGCUUUCCUCACCGCCCAAAAGCACAUGGCCAGAUUUUAUUGUGUCAAAAAAUGUGUACAGAAAUGCAUAUACUUGGGCAAAGCGUGCAUAAUUAGACGUGUUGUAUUGGUGAAAAUAGCAUAGAAAAUGCAUCAUAUUAGGGAAUAUUGCUUUGCAAAAACAUGUAUAUUAGACAAAAUAGUAUACAGAAAUUAGGAGGAAUUUGUGCUAAAAUGCUGAUUAAUUUUCAUGAGGACUUUUUUUAAAAUUGCAAACUGAUAUAAAAAUGUGGAGUGCUAAAUUUCAGAAAAACUGAGAGAAAAUUGACAGAUUCACCCAUCCUUAACCAGCAGACAGACUGCCACAUGGGCAGAUCCUUGCCCUAUGCCUACCUUUGCCAAUUUUGUGCCCUUCAGCUGUUUUGGACUAUACCCAUGGUUGGGGCUCUUGGGAGUUGUAGUCCAUAACAGCUGGAGGGCAACCAGUUGGCAAGGGUUGCCCUGUGCUAUGCCAAAGCCAGAGAUACUGUAACCAGUAAAGUUGUGGUGUUUCAUUGCUCUUGCUUAUCUAAACCUAGAUAUGCCUGGUGCACAACCUAUUAUUUAUUUGUUUUCUUGAACAUUUAUAAUUCACAGCAUAACAAGGAAGCUUGCAACAGGUUAAAUAAAAUCAGUCUCUAGCUCUCUAUAAAACAUUUAAAUGUUUAGAUGCUGGUUGGCUUAAACAAAAAUUCUUACAGUAAAGGCCUGUCUGAACACUGCAGUUUUCGGUAGAUAUCUGAAAGAAGGGACGGUUCUUGCUGAACCUCUACAGGUGGGCAGUUCCACAAAGCAGGCGGGGCAGACCUGACCCUCAGGGUCCCUUCCCACUCUACAAUUCUAUGAUCAGAGGGUCUCAGGGAUGAAGGCGGAAUACAAGGGAUCAGGCGGUCCCUAAGGUGCCAUGGGCCCAAGUUGUGUAAGGGCUUUAUGAAUUAACACAAGAUUCUUGAAGCAGGCCCGGUGGCAAAAUCAGCAGCCAGUGUUGCUCUCCUGGGACCCUUGCAGUCAGUUGUUGCAUUACAAGAGGGAGGUUGGAGCCAUUGCUGCAAUACAAUGCACACACAAAGGUAGUCUGGGAAAGGGGGCCUGGUCCUUCCCUAACAACAGCUGUAAGUGGCUGGAUGGUGGUAACAGGGGUCUUUGUGUGUCUCAGGUGCUCUUAGCUGAUGUGGCUGAGAGACUCCACAGCUGCUUCUGUCUUCAUUCAUCACCCUCCAGUUUGACUUUGCUGUGUAUGAGAAGCCAGUCAUAUUAUCCUUGAGAAAUCAGUCAUGUUUAUGACUUGUUUGUGAUACAGUUCAUUUGCCAGACUAAAGCGUAUUCAGAGACAGGUGUGGGAAGGUUUGCAGCCCAUGUUUGAUACGGUUUUUGGGAACUGCAAUAGGAAUAGUGCCACCAGCUUCUGGAGUGUGUGGAUUAUAAUAUGGUGCAUUUGUUGCUUACUUAAAUUCUUGCCAGGUGGGGGGUGGGAUUCCAACUUUUUGAUAGCUUUCUCAGUUAACAAUUUUUGCUGAUGUCUGAAUGUUUUUGUUUCAGGAAGCACUAGGAGACGUUGUUUAUUGUAGUCUUCCAGAAAUUGGAACAAAGCUGAACAAACAGGGUAAGCGAUUUUCUUUACUUUUUGGCACUUUUAACACAUUGCAACAUUGGCAGAAAGCAAUGCAUUUUCAUUUAAACGGUAGCCUCUUUCUUGGAUUAGAACCCCAAAGGCUAAUUUAGGUAUUUUUCAACAGCUUGAGCAUACCAAGUUGUGUGUGUGUGUGUGUGUGUGUGUGUGUGUGUGUUUAAGGACUUUGAAUAGAAGGCUCCUUCUGUUUCCCCACCUCCAAUGUUAUGGCACAAGCAACUUUUAAAAGAUCAUUACUUUGGAAAGUUGGUCAUGUGGAAUUGGGGUGGGGUGGGUGAGGUCCUGUUGUUGGAAAUUACAUCUUUGGACUUGCUUACGCAAGCAGAUCUAAUUGUGCACCCACUGAGAUCUAAGCCUUCUCUUUUCAUAGCCUCCACUCUUGUAAAGAGGCAGAGGAAACAUAGUUUUUUCUCUCCUAAUGUUGUGUACACAUUAUACCAGCUUUAAAACAAAGUAGCAUUGUUUCUUUCCUGCUGCAUUUCAAACCACAUUUGGACAUCAUUGCACACAUCGGUACAGUUGGAUGCGUUGCCGGGUGGCCUGCUGUCUGUCUGCACUAAUGGAUGGAGAGGGGAUGUGGAUGUUUUCUUACUGCUUAUGUUUUUCUAAUCGGAUCAAAGCUGGCUUGGGGGGAAAACACAUCAAAAUGCAAUAUUUCUCAAGAAACUAUAGGAUCGUAGCUAACGCUAUGUGUACACGGCUUCACAUAGGGAGUGCACUGGAUGCAGAGUAAAGGUGUACACCACCUAGGCUGAAAUUGAGCCUGGAUUUACCUGAAUUCCUAAUCUUUCAACACUAGGGCUCCCUACUUUUAGAAAAUUCUUGUGGCAGCGCAAAGUAGCUCUCAACUUCCUCGAAGCCCAGUUAAUUCGGUUUCUAAAUUAAAUGCUUUGCUCUCUUCAAUUCUGUAUUUCAGAUGAGUUUGGUGCUUUGGAAAGUGUGAAGGCUGCUAGUGAACUCUAUUCCCCCCUCACAGGAGAAGUAACGGAAAUCAACACUGCCCUUGCUGAUAAUCCAGGACUUGUCAACAAAUCUUGCUACCAAGAUGGUAAGGGAGGCAUCUUAACUUUGCAAAAGUGUUUCCGCCAUCAUUGAGUUGGAAGGAUAACAGUGGAACUCAUUUUGUAUUGUCUUGUGAGGUUUAUUUGAAAGCAUUUUUAUCCCAUUCAUCAGCUGAAAAAUGCUCACAAAGCAUUUUAUAAAUAUCAGUGAUAAGGUAAUCCCUACUCUCGGGCUGAUGGAAAAGGGUUAGGGAGAGAGGAGGAGCAAAGCAAACUCAGCACUAUUUCUUAGGUCCAGAGUUCUUUUAAUGACCAUUCUGGGAAGAUUGCAAGGAAAGGGAGAGCCAAGAGUUGCUGAUAUUUCAGCAGAGAGGCCCUGCAGUUCCAUCCAUCUCCUUUUCUCCUGUAGCCACGAAUGGAAUGGCUUAUAUAUGUAUUCUCAUCUUCAACUAGUGAAAAGUUACCUAUUUACUAUGAGACUUUUAUGCUUGUUGACAUGAAUGGAAAUUGCUAUGGUCAAGAGCCAGCAUUUUACUAGAGCUCCAGGGAGUUGUGUGUGCUGCUGCUGCUGCUGCUUCUAACUGAGUUGUUUUUAUGCUCAUAGGUUGGCUUAUCAAGAUGACUGUGGAUAACCCUUCAGAAUUUGAUGAACUCAUGAGUGAAGAUGCAUAUGAAAAAUACAUAAAAUCUAUUGAGGAGUGAUCCAAAUGUUAACAGUAAACCAAUGCAGACCAUUUUCACUGUAGAUUGUCCUAAAUUAGUGGUGUACAGAAGGUUCAACUCUGAGCAGCUUAUCCAGGAAAUUUUCAAGGAAAAUAUGCUGCCUUUGAUUCAAAUUGUGCUGAUCUAUGCCCACAAGUGACUGCAAGUCAAAACAUUUUCAUUUGGGGUGGCGUGUCAAUCUUCACUUCUAGUACAUGUAUUGUUUUUUAGUCGAAUAAAUGUAAUUAUAGGAUGUCAAGAGUUUGAAGUUCAUAAUUACAUCUGGAGUAGAAUAACCUUUGUUCCUAAAAUAAACCUAAGCAUUGAUAAAGUAGAACUGUAACAGCCUUAAUUUCACAGCACAAACUGUGCUUCUAAGCUCCACGGGUUUUAUUCCCUCCCCAAGACAGCAGUCUGCUUUCAAUCGCGUUUUGUAAUAUUAAGGCUGCAUUGCUGCCUUCAGAAUUAGUGAAGGUUCCAAGUGACUAGAGCAGAACCAGAUUUCACCUUUUUAAGUGAAACUGUGGAGGUGUGGCCAUCCUCUGCAGAUAAGGCUCCCUGCUUUGCCUUGGAACAGAUAACAGAAGUUAAUAAAAAAUCCUGACUUUACCAAG